AUGGCCCCACGCCCCAGCACGCCAGCGGCCACGUCCUUGGUACCCCCGGAGCUCGGUGCGGAGAGCCCACGAGCCGGCAGGGGCCAGGUCACCCGUGGGGAAGCUGAGGUGCUGAGGUGUGGCUUCCUUUCACAAGUGCCCGGGGGUCAGGAGGGGCGUCUGCGGAGGCCCCCGUCCUCGCUGGCGUGCCGCCGUCCCUGCGUUCCUGGGGGCAGCAACAGCGGAGACCCCCUAGGAAGAGAGGUCAGGUGGAAGACAGGAACAGGGCAGGAGGCGGCCCGGGGACGCCCCUGCACAGCCCUGCUCCUGGGCCUCCGGGAGAGUGGAGCGGACCUCCCAGCUGCCGGCCCGGGGGCAAACGCGGGAGAAGAGCCAGCUCUGCGCCCAGCCCCGCACCCGGCUGGAUCCCGCGCCCAGGAAGCCUCAUGCCCGGAGCCCCCUGGUGGCCCCCGUGAGCCGGGCUUGGAGGACUCCAGUCAGGCCCCUCGUCGGCGGUGGCCGAAUGUGAGGCUCCCGGGGCUCAGCACUGUCCUCAGCCCCUCACACCGCACGUGUCCACCAUGCCUGGCUGAGGCGUGUCCCUGCUGGGCAGCGUUCCUGGACACCAUCCCCCAACACACACAGCCGACCAGAAGGAAACGUGUCCCUUCCAAGGUUCGAAGCUCAAACCCCACCCCACCUGGGUGCCCAUGGAGGGGACCCAGGGGCAGAGGCCCUGAACCUGUGGCAAGAGGACCGUGGUCUGAGGAGAGUGACCCGUCACUCAGCGGUGUGAGCACGGAGCUUCACGGCAGAAGGGACUCCGCCGAUGGGGCUGUGCUAGAUGCGUGUGACACGGCCCCAGGCCCCACGAUUCUCUCCUCUGGGCUUCGUGCCACACCUGCAAACAAGGUGGCUGUUGUCCCCACCUCAGCGGAAGAGGGACAAGACGUCCGAGGCCCCGGGUCCUUCGCUGCAGCCAGGAGCCCGCGUGGGUCAGGCCGCGGCGAGCAGUGCUGGCAUGUGGGCCUGCCCAGAGCGUUCCUGCAGCGAGCCGGGAUGGGGAGAGCAAGGCAGACGCGCGGCUGCCCUUCCCCCAGGGCUGGGCUGCAGUGUGGGUCCCCUCCGAGCCCACCCGUCGUGGGGGAGCCUGGCUUGCGGAGGACAAGGUGGCGCCAGGGAGGAGGGGCCUCCGAGAGCCCCCGUCAGAUUCCCAGGUCUCAGGGCCAAGACCCACAGGCGAGAGUUUCCAGAAGUCAGAAUUCCCCACUGUCAUCAGAUGUGCAUGAAGAAGUGGCCCACCCUGCAGGAUGCCCGCUUCUGGAGGCGGCGGAGGACCCUGGCCUCUGGGGAGAGGCAGGACGUCCGGGGGGAACCCCCUAUGAGGGAGGCUCGUGGACGCAGGAGGGUUCCCGGCUCACCGUCGGCUCUCACGGACUUGAGCGCUCUGUGAUGGAGCCUGAUCAGAAGGAGCGCAAAGACCGCAUCGCGGGAGCGUCGAGCCGCGACUGUGGGGCCCUGUUGGGUUGUGGCCCUUCUGGGCCUGGGUCCCUCCCGGCCCGUCUGUCGCACCGCGCCAUUGGCCUGUAUGGGUCCCGGUGUGUCUGGGAGGGGCUGCAGGAAGGUUGA